AAUGGUACUACAGACGUGCAGAGAGAAUACUGUGGCAACAAGCUGUAAAAUGAAUAUUAAUUUUCCACGCGAUCCAGUGCUCCACAGCACAGCACCUUCUUACUGCACACCCAGCCGGCCAAUAAAUGGACUGAACCUUCUCACUUGUUUUUCUAGAGACGCACUUCAGCGCUUGGAGUCCAAUCCGAGGUGGACAGAGGCCAUCCACGGAUCAGACCAUUUUCUUCCGCUGGUUCAGUUGAGGGUCGCGGUCGCGCCGGAGUCUAUCCCAGCUGUCAUAGGGCGAGAGGCGGGGUGAACCCCGGACCGAUCGCCAGUCUGUACCGCAGGGCUGAAAAAGAAACCAAAACACAGGAAAAAAGCUACAAGUUCCGAAACUGAUUCAGACCAGAGUAAACGAGCUGCAGAUGUAAAGAUGCCCAAGGACUCUGGAUUUUAUCCUGUAGCUGUCUCUUUGGUCAUGUGUGGAUUUUUUUUAAAGAGUAUAUGAAUAUUUGAACCUGUAUUUAUCGUGGAGGCGCACCCAGCUGAUGUUUUGGUGCUUCUCUGCGUGGAGUCUGGCUGGAAGUUUGAGGUGCGGGAAAAGCAGACUUUUAAUAGUGUACAGGUGGAUUUAGACUGGAAACGUAGUCUCGGGAAAAAUAAUAAUAAUAAAUCCCACUUUCACUUUCAUUUUGUCCUUAGGGUGCUGUAGGGUGGGGUUACAUAUAGGUUACCUCAAAGAACCUGAAACAGCUAAACUCCAGCCAGAAAAGCUGCAGCGAUGUUAUUGGCUGAGGUUUGCAUAACUUCAUAUGACUACAUAAGUACUGAAUCAGGUCGGGUGUGCAGGGAGUACGGUCAGAGCGAGCCACUGAGCUGACGCCUGAACAGCCAUGGAGCUUACGAGGACAGGCGGCAGGCACAAUCCGCUGGCGACUGCCGGUUUUUGUUCAAGGCUCUUUUUAUGCUGGUUAACCCCUUUGCUGCAACUUGGCAAAAAACAGAGCCUUGAGGAAAAUGACAUGUACAGCAUCCUUCAAGAGGAUAAGUCUGAAACCCUGGGAGGAGAGCUACAGAGAUUUUGGGACCGUGAAGUUAGACAUGCUACAAAGGAACUCCAGAAGCCAAAACUCAGCAGAGUUCUUAUAAAGUGCUAUGGAAAGUCCUACGCGGUGGCUGGGAUAUUUGCUUUUUUCCUGGAGGCAAUUAAAGUGAUCCAACCACUGCUCCUGGGGAAAAUAAUCCUCUUCUUUGAGAAUUAUCACCCCGAUGAUCAGAGAAGUCUUCGCAUGGCGUAUGUUUACGCUGGUGCGAUUUCCAUCUCCGCGUUUGGAUUGACCAUCUUCCAGCAUCUCUACUACUAUCACGUCCUAAGAACGGGCAUGCAGAUCAGAGUGGCCGUGUGUCACAUGAUCUACAGGAAGGCUCUUGGUCUCAGCACUGAGUCCAUGGGAAAAACAACCACCGGACAAAUAGUGAACCUCCUCUCAAAUGAUGUCAAUCAUUUUGAUGAGAUUACACUUAAUCUGCACUACCUGUGGGUGGGGCCUCUCCAAGCCGUGGUGAUCAUUGUUUUCCUCUGGUAUGAGAUCGGUCCCUCAUGCCUGGCAGGUGUGGCAGCCAUCGCGCUCAUGAUGCCAAUACAGACCUGGUUCGGAAAACUCUUUGGCAUCUUCAGGAGCAAAACAGCAGUCCUUACUGACAGCAGAAUCCGUAUCAUGAAUGAAGUGGUGUCUGGUAUCAGGAUAAUCAAGAUGUAUGCCUGGGAGAAGCCAUUCUCAGCUCUGGUGACUGAGGUCAGAAAGAAAGAAAUCCAUCAGAUAUUAAAGAGCUCCUACCUGCGAGGACUCAACAUGGCUUCCUUCUUUGCCAGCAGCAAGAUCACAGUGUUUGUUACCUUCACAGUCUACGCUCUCCUGGGCAACACCAUCACUGCCAGCAGCGUGUUUACCACCACAUCCCUGUACGGUACCAUUAAGCUCACGGUGACCCUGUUCUUUCCUCUGGCCAUUGAGAAGUUGUCAGAGACCGUUGUGAGCAUUCGCAGGAUUAAGAAUUUUCUCCUGCUGGAAGAGCUUGAAAGAAAAAAUGUUGCUCUGCCUUUGGAGGGAAAGAAGGAAAACUCUAUUGAGAUUGAGAAACUGACCUGCUACUGGGAUAAGAGUUUGGAUGCAGCAGCUCUGCAGAAUGUUUCCAUCACAGCAAAGUCACACCAACUUCUGACUGUAAUCGGACCAGUGGGGGCUGGAAAGUCAUCCCUGCUGAGUGCCAUCCUGGGAGAACUGCCUCAUGACACAGGCACAAUAAAGGUCAGAGGGCAGCUAACCUAUGCAGCCCAGCAACCCUGGGUGUUCCCUGGAACCAUCCGCAGCAACAUCCUGUUCGGGAGACAACUGAAUCCCAAAAAAUAUGAGAGGGUCCUCAGAGCCUGUGCUCUGAAGAAGGACCUAGAGCUGUUCCCAGAUGGAGAUCUGACUCUGAUUGGGGACAGAGGCGCCACACUCAGUGGGGGGCAGAAAGCUCGAGUGAACCUCGCAAGGGCUGUGUAUCAGGAUGCAGACAUCUACCUCCUGGAUGAUCCUUUAAGUGCUGUGGAUGCAGAAGUUGGAAAACAUCUUUUUGAGCACUGUAUCUGUGGCCUGCUGAAGAAUAAGUGUCGUAUCCUGGUCACACAUCAGCUGCAGCAUCUGAAGGCAGCUGACCAGAUCCUGGUCCUCAAGGAGGGUCAUAUCAAGGUCCAGGGAACCUACAGUGAGCUGCAGUCCUCUGGCCUGGACAUGGUGUCCCUGCUGAGAAGUGAUGAGGAGCCACGUUCAGCUGACCCAGAGAAACUGUCUUCACACAGCCAGAGGACCAACCGCUCACAUGAUUCACACUGUUCUUCCAGCAGCCUCCUGCCUCCAGAAAGCAGCUGCACUGAUCAGCUUCCUGUUGAAGGUGUUCAAACAAUUACAGAAGAAACUCGAGCUGAAGGAAAUGUUAGCAGCCACGUUUAUCUCAAGUACUUCACAGCAGGCUGUAACCUUCCUGUUUUAAUGGUUAUAGUACUGCUCAGUAUUAUAGCUGAGGUUGCGUACAUUCUGCAGGACUGGUGGCUCGUAUAUUGGGCAAGAGAGGAGUUUUCUAACAGCACCGUGCUAACAGUUGUCAGCACUGAGAAUGGAAUAAAUGUUACCAGGUCACACCGAGAGAUUAAUCUCACUUUUUACCUCAGCAUUUAUUCAGGUUUGACAGCAGCUGCUGUGGUCUUUGGUUUUGUCCGGAGUUUAGUAAUAUUUCACGGGCUGGUGCGAUCGGCUCAAACUCUCCACAACAGCAUGUUCAGCGCUGUGCUCCGCACCCCUGUCAGCUUCUUUGACAUCAACCCCAUUGGAAGGAUUCUCAACAGGUUUUCCAAAGAUGUCAGCCAAAUGGACUCCAUGCUACCCAUGACCUUUGUGGACUUCUAUCAAUUAUUUUGGCAGAAUGCUGGUGUUAUUGCGGUGGCGGCCUCAGUCAUCCCUCUCAUCCUCAUCCCCGUUGUUCCUCUCCUCUUAUUCUUUCUGUACUUGAGGAGCUUCUAUCUCAGUACCUCACGUGAUAUCAAACGGCUGGAGUCAACAACUCGGAGUCCAGUCUUCUCCCACCUGUCCUUGUCUCUUCAGGGUCUUUCCACAAUCAGAGCCUUCAAAGCUGAGGAGAGGUUAAAAAAAACCUUCGAUACCCAUCAGGACCUGCAUACAGAGGCAUGGUUUUUGUUCUUGAUGACCUCGCGCUGGUUUGCGCUACGCCUCGACAGCAUUUGCUCCAUGUUCAUCACACUCACAGCAUUUGGCUGCAUCUUACUCAGAGAUGGGCUGGAGGCUGGAGCGGUGGGCCUUGUGCUGACCUACGCUGUGACACUGAUAGGAAACUUCCAGUGGACAGUGAGACAAAGUGCUGAGGUGGAGAACAUGAUGACAUCAGUAGAGCGGGUGGUGGAGUAUACUGAGCUAAAGAGUGAAGCCCCCUUGGAAACUCAGCAGCGUCCUCCCCCUGAUUGGCCGAGCCAAGGAAUGGUGACUUUUGAUAGAGUGAACUUCUUCUACAACACGGAUGGACCACCGGUCCUCAAAGACAUCAGCGCCACAUUUCAACCCAAAGAGAAGGUUGGUAUUGUGGGCAGAACAGGAGCUGGGAAAAGCUCUCUGGUCUCAGCUCUGUUCCGUCUGGCAGAGCCUCAGGGAAAGAUCUGCAUCGAUGGUGUUGUGACCUCUGAGAUCGGCCUCCAUGACCUGCGCCAGAAGAUGACCAUCAUUCCUCAGGACCCAGUUCUCUUUACUGACAGUGUAAGGAAGAACCUGGACCCUUUCAACCAGCACACUGAUGAAGACCUGUGGAAAGCACUGGAAGAGGUGCAGCUGAAGUGUGUGGUGGAGGAGCUGCCGGGGAAGUUGGAGACUGUCCUGGCAGAGUCAGGCUCCAACUUCAGCGUGGGCCAGAGACAGCUGGUGUGUCUGGCCAGAGCCAUCCUGAGGAAGAACCGCAUCCUCGUCAUCGAUGAGGCCACGGCCAACGUGGACCUCAGGACGGACGAGCUGAUCCAGAAAACCAUACGGGACAAAUUCAGAGACUGCACUGUGCUCACCAUCGCUCAUCGCCUUAACACCAUCAUAGACAGCGAUCGCAUACUGGUGCUGGACAGUGGCACCAUCCAGGAGUUGGACUGCCCUUUCACCCUGCUGCAAAACAAAGAAGGUGCUCUCUACAAAAUGGCACAAGAGAUGGGCCACGCUGAGGCAGCGGCUCUGCUGGAGUCAGGCAGACAGGCAACAGGAAAUAAAGCAGUCCCGACAGCCUGAGGCAGCGAAGCAGGAUUCUGAGGAUGCUCUCAGAUGUCAGUCAUGUCUGAGAACUUCCAACACAAUACAGAGGAGCAACGAGACUGUGAUGAUGCUGAGUGAAACACUGGAGACAGACCAACUGUCGAGGACUUGACUCUUACGUUAGCAGCUGACUCUUGCUGCAGCUUCUGCUACAUUAAACUGUAUUACUGGCGUGAUGAGAGUCGCUGCCAUUUGCUGUUUUUUGGUUUUUUUUUAGCUUUAUGAUCGUAUUUGUACCUGCAGCUUCAGCUGUGGCCUCUUUAAGUUAUGCUGAAAUGAAAUUAUGAUCAACAUCGUCACAUGUGAACAAGCUAGUACCUCAUGUUUCAGAGUUUGAUCUUUUAAUUUCUAAACUGUUAUAUUUGAUAGUUUUUGAACUUGUAACAGUUGUGGUCUUCUUCACUUGCCCAAAGCAAAAUUUUAUCUUGCUAGGAAAACAUUUGCCAAUUGUUACUAAAUAAAUAAAUGAAUCCCAUGAUAGACAAUAGAUCAAUAACAUGCAUACACUAUAGAG